AUGAUCAGAAAUCCGAAUUACUCAAAUUUUGUUUGCUGUGCUAUUUGUAAUAAAGUAAUUCCACCAGCUCCUGUUGGGGAAACCUUCAAACAGAUCCAUGAAUACAAACCAUUUAAGACGCGCUUUUAUACUCACAAAGAUAUACUGGAUAUUGGGGCAAGUAUUCAGGAUAAAGAAGAGCAAUUUCAAGAAGCUCUGUUCAAAGAACGCAUUGCAAAGGCAGAAGCUGAAGUGUGGGCUAAGGCUAAGGAACUCCAAAAACAAGCAGUAGAAAAAGCAAUUGAAGAAGCAAAGGACAAACACAGAAUUGACCUUCUAAUUCUGGAAGAGAAGCAUCAAAAGGAUCUACAGGAUGUAGUCGAAAAAACGAGGCUAGAGAUGCAUCGAAACAUGGAAGAAGAACUAAAGAGAGAAAACUUGGCUGCAGAACAACGUAUGGUCCAUAGAAUCCAAAGAAUUAUGAUGGAAUGCCACAGGGAGAAGGUCCAGGCUGUGGAGAAAGCCAGGCAUGAAGAAAGACAUUUAGCAGAAAAAGAAAUGCAGGCUCACAGAAGAAAGGCCAUGGAGGAACUGUUGAAUGCCGGUGUGUCCGUUGUUAAGGAUCAGAAGAAGAGUGUGGAACUAUUGAUAAAGGAAAGAGAACACGAAAUGAACAUCUAUUAUGGUAUGGCUCAUAGGCAGAAGCAAGAAGAGGUUCAGGAAGUGCUUCAAGAAGCGGAGAAAACACAUCAAGUUACACUUGGAAAUGUGAUGGAUAAACUGGUUAAUACCCAAGGGGAGCUGCUGUCCAUCGCAAAACAACUGGGAAUCAUGACAAAUUGGAAAGAUUUUCUGGAGGAAGAAUUACAAGAAACAAGGGCAGCAUUUCAAAAAUACAUCAAUUAUACUUUUCCUUCGCUUUCACCCGGGCAUGCCGAUUUUAUUCUGCCAGAAAGAAAGAAAACACCUUCCACUCUUGCUGCUAUCAAGAAGGAAAAUCUGGUAACUACAGAGAAGGAAACAGUUCUUAAUUAG